CGCCAUUUCGACUGAACCCACAAACAAACAUACGCUUUAUCAGAAACCAAGCAAGCUUUUAUGGAGAUGAGCCAGAGAAAGUCGUCAUCUGGCGGGUCGAUUCGAGGCAAGCUGCUGGCCAAGUCCUUGUUUGGACUCGGCAGCAAGAGCUCCAAGUCCAGAGCAGAAGCAGUGCGCCACCAUCAGAAGAACAUCGUCGUCAAUGGUUGUGGAGGUUUCUACUGUUCCACCAAUCGUCAGAGCAGUGAAGUCGCAAGCCCGCAUGCCGCAUCAAUUCAGAAGUCGGCAGCUGGCAUGGCGACUAGUGGCAGCUUUUACUACUCCUCUCCCGGCGAUGCAAACGUGGAUGCCAAGGCUGCGACUUACAUUUCUUACGUUCGAGAACGGUUCAUGGCCGAGCGGCUUGAUUCAGAGGCUUGGUGAUGGUGGUAAUAAUAAUAAUAAUAAUAAUAAUAAUAAUAAUAAUAAUAAUAAUAAUAAUAAUAAUAAUAAUAAUAAUAAUAUAGGAAAUUGAAAAAUCAACAAAGAAUUCGCUUCAAGGAUAUGAGAAAAUUAACUAGUUGUUGUAUCAUGUAAAAGUUCCUCUUAUGUCCUCUCUGUGCAUUUCUUAAUAAGUAAUCAUACUAUGAUUCCAAAUUCCAUAUAAUUAAAAAAAAAAUUGUAUUAUUUCGAAUUUCAUACAAAAACUCGUUACUGCUAGCUAGCGGUUGAUUCGCGUGUUACAAACACGUCGUUGAUGGAUCACAUGCUACACAUAUUUUUUUUUGUCUAUCGCUACGUAAUUUUCUCUAUCCAAAUCGGUCAAUCACGAUCUAUUAAGUUCCAUAUUAGCUAUUUCAUUAUCAAAACAAGAGAAUAGAGGAUUGUAAAGCUUAAUCGACAUGAAUCAAUCUUAAUAGACAUGAAUCGAUCUUAAUCACAACUAAUUAAUUUCAACAGAUAUUUAUCCAUCUUGUGAAUGCUCAUAUUGACAGAGCCUUAAUUAAUAUGGUCUAACAUUUGAUCUCAUAAAUUUUAUAAAUAUUAAAUAUCAAAGAAAAAUUGACCGAAUAAACUGUUGAUCCAGUCUGUAAUGAUGCUAAAAUAUUUUUCACUGUUGGACGACGGUUUUCCUCAAUUUGGUUCGUUUUGAAUUGGACGGUACUGUUACCUGCCCUACACUUUAUAUCCCAUCAAUUUGAAUUGAGGCCUGAUCCACAGAAAAGCUUAAUGGUAAUAUUGGGCCGCGUAUGGAAAUUAAUAAUCAUCCACUGAAGCCCAAUCAUGAAAUUUGGGAAUAAGCCCAGCAUUUAAUAUCAAGGUCAAAUACCAGCCCUGUUAUUAGUUUUUGGGCUGCGCUAGGAAAAUUAACAAUGUGACUGGCAUGGACACACGGCAAUGAUAAUUACCCACUCUAGACUAAUUUCAUCAAAUCCAAGAAAAAACAUUAUUCCGGAGAUAAAUAUGAUUCAAGUAUAGUCUUUGGAUGAGUUAUACUAACUUCAAUUACUCAUUGUGAGUUAUUUAGAACAAUAUGGUAUACACCGAGACAAGUCAUCAGAUAAUACAACUCCAUAACACAGAGACUAUCCAUCAAGUUCGUUAUGUAGUCUUCAAUUCAUCUAGUGGCAUGCAUACAAGCAAGGGAUGUUAGGGCAUCAAACAAGAUACAUCAAGUACUACAACACUGGGAAGAGCGAUUAUCAAGGCGGUUACAUCUGAUGCUUAUAGGAAUAUGAUUAAUUUAAUUUAAUUUGUUCCAAAAGGCAUAUAAAAAUAUAAAUACCCUCAUUUGAAUUUUACUCAAAGAAGUAUGAACUGUGUUUAGAAACAUUGAUCUAGAAGUCAAAAAGUGCAAUCUAUUUAUGUAUGUUGCCUUUUCGACUAUUUUUGUUUUUGGCCCACCUUUUCCAUUUCAACCUUUUAUCGACACAAAAUAUUGUAAACCCAUUUGUCAAAACUGGACUACAGUACUAGUCUACUACAACAACAUUUGGGAGAUGAUAUACAAAAGAAAACAACCCCUUAGUCGUCUCUCUCAAAGAUCCCAAACAACCCAUCAACCAAAAAUCAUAACCUAUGUUAUUGUGGUCACAUGCAUGACAUCAAACAACUAUUCUACGACUUCCCAACCUCAUUAUUUAUCACUAAUAUUUUAAAUUUAUUAAACUUUUGUUAGGAAAAAAAUAUUGCAAAUUUCAUGUCCCAAUCUCAGUGUAUCUCACAACCCCAAAUUUUGUUUCUCCUUAAAGGGACCUCAAAAUAAUCCAAAUAAGGUUCUUGACGGAAAAAAAGAAGACCCACCACUACUUACCAAUGCUACAAAGAUAAAGUCUUUCUCCUUAACUCAUUCAAAAUGGGAACAUAAAUAAGUAUACAUGUU